AUGGCGCUUAAACACGGCGGCGACGAUAUCGGGUCCGUAACUCUUGCGCUAGACCGGAAAAGCGGUUUCUGUGAAUCAACAUCGACUUUCCACAGCAAGCGUGAGCCCAUGUCUCUCCCGCCAAACCAAUCUCUCGACGUCACAACCUUCAUUUCAUCGCAGCCUCAUCGCGGUAAGACCGCAUUCGUCGACGCCGUCACCGGUCGUCGUCUGAGCUUCUCUGCGUUCUGGCUAGCUGUCGAGAGAGUCACGACUUAUCUUCACGCAUUAGGUGUGCGCAAGGGUAAUGUCGUCAUUAUCCUCUCUCCCAACUCCAUCCUCUUCCCGAUCGUCUCCCUCUCCGUUAUGUCACUCGGCGCCAUCAUUACAACCGCCAAUCCGAUUAACACUUCCGGCGAAAUCGCCAAGCAGAUCGACGAUUCCCGCCCCGUUCUCGGCUUCAUCACCGGCCAACUCGUCUCCAAACUCGCCGCCGCGUCGUAUUCGAAUCUCCCGGUGGUUCUCAUGGACGAAAACCGCGUAUCUCCCAAUAAAUCACAAAAUCACGAAAAUCGCGAGAAUAUCAUCGGGAGUUUAGAGGCGAUGAUGGAGACGGAACCGAGUGGGUCACGAGUGAAGCACCGAGUCGACCAGGACGACACGGCGGCUCUGCUUUACUCAUCAGGCACGACGGGGACGAGCAAGGGGGUAAUGGUGACCCACCGAAACCUAAUCGCAUUGGUACAAGCAUACCGGGCCCGGUUCGAAUCAGAGCAGCGAACCGUCUGCACAAUCCCAAUGUGCCACAUAUUCGGAUUCGGAGCUUUCGCGACGGGCUUCAUCGCGUUAGGAUGGACGAUCGUGGUGCUUCCCAGAUUCGAGAUGUCUCAGCUUCUCUCCGCCGUGGAGAUCCACCGAUCUUCGUACCUCUCCCUUGUCCCGCCGAUGGUUGUAGCCAUGGUUAACGGAUGGAACGAGAUCAAAUCGAAAUACGACCUGAGCUCGCUGCACACCGUCGUGGCUGGAGGAGCUCCUCUGAGCAGAGAGGUGACGGAGAAGUUCGUCGAGCUAUACCCGACGGUUAAAAUUCUUCAAGGGUAUGGUAUGACUGAGACAACGGCCAUUGCUGCUUCUAUGUUUACUAAAGAGGAGACGGAGAGGUACGGAGCGUCUGGAUUGCUGGCUCCGAACGUGGAGGCGAAGAUUGUGGAUCCGGAUUCGGGUCGGGUCUUGGGCGUGAACCAAACCGGGGAGAUCUGGCUCCGAAGUCCCACUGUGAUGAAAGGUUAUUUCAAGAACGAAGAAGCUACUGCCUCUAGUAUUGAUUCGGAAGGAUGGUUGAAAACAGGAGAUUUGUGUUACAUUGACAGUGAAGGGUUUGUCUUUGUUGUUGAUAGAUUAAAAGAGCUGAUAAAAUGCAAUGGUUAUCAGGUUGCUCCAGCUGAACUUGAGGCAGUGUUGCUUGCUCAUCCAGAGAUUGCUGAUGCUGCAGUAGUACCCAUCCCUGACGUGAAAGCUGGGCAAUAUCCAAUGGCGUAUAUCGUAAGAAAAGCUGGAAGUAACUUAUCCGAAACUGAAAUCAUGGGAUUCGUUGCAAAACAGGUAUCACCGUACAAGAGGAUUCGCAAAGUCACAUUUUUGGCUUCGAUCCCUAAAAAUUCCUCUGGCAAGAUCUUAAGAAGAGAACUUAUAAAGCUCACAACCUCAAAACUCUAG